UUUAAGUGUAUUUUUUUUGCAUUUGAAGUUACUGCAUGUCAAUUUAGCGGUGUUUAUGAGUUCGAUUGUUGGGAUCAAUUAGAGUUUUGGUUUAAAAUCGAUUUGGGGAUAAAAUUCAAAUUAGGGUUUUCGUGUCUAUGUUUUUUUUGUACAUUCGAUUCUUUGUUAAUCGAAUCGUUUGUGGGAAUCAAAUAGAUUUGGGGUUUAAAUUCGAAUUGGGAUUAAUAUCGAAUAAGGGUUUUCGUCUGUGAAUUUUUUGUCUUACAAAAUUUAUUUCGGGUUAAAAUACGAAUAGAUUUGAGGUUUGUUUAUGGAUUCGAUUCUGGGGAUGAAAUAGAUUUAGGGUUAAAAUACGAAUUAGGGUUUUCGUCUGUUCUUAUUAGUUUCUUGGUUGUUUACCCAGAGGUUUAGUAGGGAUUUUGAUCCGCUUAAACGUUAUUGGUCUUAUAGGUUCUGAAAUGGAGGACGAAUUGAGGGAUAUGAAAGCACACAAAGCAUACUACAACAUGCUUCAUUUCGUUGCAGAUGCGCAACAGGGGAUUCCCCAGCUGUGCCCCUGUGGAUCUAUCACGAAGGAGGUAGUCGAUGAAGAGGAUACAUAUGACUACCUCCCCGGCAAAAGAUAUUUCAUAUGCAAAGAUUACGAGAAUGACGGGUUGCAUUUCAGACAACCAUGGGUUAUGGGGAUGCAACAAGAGGUUGAGAGACUGAAAGUACGUUUUCACGAGCAGGAGAAGCUUCUGCGAGAGUGCGAAUCACUUAAGGGGCAGGUGCGGAUGCUGCUUAAGCGGGUGGCUGAACUCGAAAAAAGAAACUUACCGGUUUCAAACUCAGGUUAGUGUUUGAACUUACCAGUUAAAAUUCAAAUGGAAAUAAGUUUGUAGUUAGAAAAGAAACUAGGAUUGUGUAACCGCGUAACUUUAGUAGUUGAGAAUAGUUGAAAACAAGCUAGAAUAGUUAAUGUUUCCGAGCAAAUAACUUGCAAGUUUGUAGAUAGGAAACAACUAGGAUUAUUAAUGCACACCAAACCCAUUUAAUUAUGCGUAACUGCAUUGUUUCCUUUAAGCCUAAAACCCAUUUAAUUGUGGUGAGCUGUUCUGAUAGGACUGUUUUCUACUAGGAUUCAAUAGAGUCAUUAUUUAAUCACCUGUGUUUCUACUAGAGAAACACAGUUUUCUUCCUAAAUGGCGAGAUCCGGUGGUUAUGUAAACCUCGUAAUGAGUCAAGGGCCAGUUAAUCUGGACCCCUGCGACCCUCCUCUCUUUACCGGCCAAAGUUCUGGUGUGUCUAGUGUCAAAGAGAGAAGAAAAUGGACAGUGAAAGAUGAUUUAAUCCUCAUCGGUGCGUGGCUCAACACCAGCAAAGACCCCAUUGUGAGUAAUGAACAAAAGGUAGGUGCCUUCUGGAACAGGAUUGUAGAGUACUACAACUCCAGUCCUCAACUGGUUGGGACCGCCCCACGAGAACUUGGGCCAUGCAAGCAAAGAUGGGCUAGGAUCAACGAGGGAGUUUGCAAGUUUGCUGGUUGUUACGACAUGGCACUGAGGGAGCAGAGAAGCGGGCAAAAUGAGAACGAUGUGAUGAAGUCUGCGUUGGAUAUAUUUGCCAAUGACCAGGGAUCGAAGUUCAACUUCGAACAUGCGUGGAGGGAGCUUCGGCAUGAUGUGAAGUGGUGCUCAACAUAUCUGGAGAAGGACAAACGCAAACCAGCGGAUUCCCAACCCGACGGUGAAGGGGCAGUGCCUGAGCCAGAGCCAGAAGAGCGACCAAUAGGGGUUAAGGCUGCAAAGGCUGGUAGCAAGAGGAAGAAAACUGGAAAAGAGGAGGAGUUGGCGAAGCUGGAAAAUUUGAUGGAGUUAAAAAAGAAAAUAUCCCAGCAGAGUUUGCUUGAGAGUUUGCUUACAAAGCCCGAUCCUCUCUCUGAGAUGGAAUCAGCUCUGAAAAACAAACUUCUGUCUGAAUUGUUGUAGGGUUUGUUUAGCUCUAACCUAAGUUUCAGGUGUUUCCAUUAGACUAGUUAAAACAAAAACUUGUCUUCUGUUUCCAUUAGAGUUUGC